AUGGGGUUAGUGUCCCCUGGGGACCCCAGAGCCCUGAGCCACCUGCUGCUCCUGUUGCUGCUACUGCAGGAGUCGUCCCUGGAGUCCGACACUGGAACCCACACUCUCCGCUACGACCUCAUGGCCCUGUCCCUGGACAGACCUGAGAAGUCCCAGUUCCUGGCCCUGGGGUACUUUGAUGAUGAGCUCUUCCUGCGCUAUGAUGGCGAGAGCCAGAGGGCAGAGCCCCGGGGUCUAGGGAUCAAGAUGGACCUGGGAGCUGAGACCUGGGAGAGAGAGACCAAGGACCUGAAGGAGAAGGAGCGGCAGCUCAGACAGAUGCUGACAGAGAUCAUGGGCCAGCAGGGCCAGGGCCCAGGCCUUCACUCCCUCCAGGCCACAUUGGGCUGUGAGCUGCAGGGAGACCUCACUGUUAGAGGCUUCUGGCGCUUGGGCUACAACGGGCAAGAUCAGGACUUCCUCACCUUCAACUCAGAGACCCUCCCAUGGUCGGUGGCCACGCCCUCAGCCCAGCACAUCAAGAAGCUCUGGGAGACCCAAGAUCCCCCAUCAGUGACUGUGACCCGCAGUAAGAACCUGGUGGGCCACGUCCUCCUGAGGUGCUGGGUUUUUAGUUUCUAUCCUCGGGGUGCCACCCUGACCUGGCUUCGGGAUGGGGAGCCCAUGCACCAGGGCAGCUUUGGGCCUGGGGCCAACCUGCCCAGUGGGGACGGGAACUACCAGACCUGGGUGGCCACUUGGAUUCCCCCUGGAGAGGAGCAGAGGUUCGUCUGCCACGUGGGACACUGGGGGCUGAACACCACGGUCCCUGCAGUCUCUGGUGAGGAACCAGGGGAGCCCUCGGGGUCCAGGGAGCUGGAGGCAGUGUUGGUGCAGGAGCAUCAUAUGAAGAAGGCCCACUGUGUAUAA